AAUAAACACAAAAGUCAAUCGUAUUUAAUGAUUAAAUAUAGAAUAACUAUAAAGAUAUUGUACCCAAGUAUACAGGAAAAUAGAAUAUACAUAAUAUGAGUAAUAAGUAAAGUCGUAGAAUGGAUAUAUAAGGAAUGUAGAUUCGUGAGCUUAUAUCUCUUAUUUUUUAUUAGUAGAAAUACGCCGUUCCUACGCAUUAUCAAUACAAACCGAAAAUUACCGACGGAUCCCGACGGCAACUUAUUAUCUAGGAGGACUAUAGUAUUAAUUCCGAAAAGUAUUUUUUUAAAAUUCGCUUCAUUUUUAUAUGAAGAUAAUAAUGAUUUUGUUAUAACGUUGUGUUUAAUCAAAAUUUGUAACAAUGGCGGCACGCAUCACAGCUUCUGCUACAGUUCGAGCUGUUAAAGAAAAUAAAAGUUUGCCAGCUCGUGCAGCUCUCGUGCUUAUUGGUUUGAAAAUAAGCGUUCGUCAAAGAGGCUGUAACGGGCUAAGCUAUGUCCUAGAUUAUGCAACUGAAAAGAGUAAAUUAGAUGAAGAAGUUGUUCAAGAUGGAGUCAGAGUUAUUAUUGAUAGGAAAGCCCAACUUUCUUUAUUAGGAACAGAAAUGGAUUACAUAGAAGGAAAAUUAAGUUCUGAGUUUAUAUUUAAUAAUCCAAAUAUUAAAGGAACUUGUGGCUGUGGAGAAAGUUUUUCUGUGUAGUGAAGUUUUAUUCUUUUUUUUUUAGUAUUGUAUCUAUAUCAAUAGAUCGUUAAUUUGGAGUAUGAUAAACAUCAAAGUAUAUGUUAUUGUUUCAACUUAACUAAUGUAUAGAUAUCAAAAAUAUGCAAGUGUCGAUAAUAGUAGAAAA